GUGCUCGGAGCAGUGAAAUUUGGAAAAUCCCUUUCCGGACCCGUAAAUAACGUAAUUGUGUUGUUGCACUCCAUUUUUCCCGUUCUCCUCUCUUUCUCUCUCGCUGUGUUUUACCCAAAUUUCCUGAUUGGUGUGACCGGCACUUCUGAAUUCAAGAUUGAUAUCACGUGACAACCAUGGCAACCCAAAGUGGAAGUACUAACACAACCACCGAUCUAAAGAGACCCAUGGAAAGAGGGGUUCCUACCCUGGAAGACCUCCUGCAACAAGUCAUGACUUUUGCAAACAUCAAAGAGGCCCGCAUCAAGGAAUUAGAAGCACAAGUUGAAAGGGCUGAGCGUGAAAAUCUGCAGUUGAAGGAGCAAGCCGCUGCUUGGUUUUUGGAGAAGAAAGCCCUCAAUGCUCAGAUCAAGGAGCUGAAAGAUAAGUUUAAGACUCCAAAAGAUAAGCAAGUGAGGAAUGUGUCCAGUGAGGCUCUUUCCAUCAAUGCAGAAGGUGAUGGUUCGUCGAGGCUCACAUCCGUGGAAGAUCAGGGGCCCUCUGCAGUUGGCAAUCUCUUAGCCAACUCACGGCGUUGCCAGAUUGGAGGAGAGCAUCCCGCAUCUACCCCUUCAUCCAUCUCCUCCCAAGUUGAAGCAGAUUGCGCAGUGACCGACCUCCCAAACACCCAUCUGCCGCAAGCGUUUCCCACGAAGUUCAUGAAGCCGACUGCAGACACAGCAGCUCUAGGAGGAAGCAAAGAAGCGGUUGCAGUGACGACCACGGAUCCGGCAAAGACCCAAGCUGCUGCGACUGCCGACUUCCCCGAUGCCCUGCUGAAAUCCGCCGUUCAGACAGCAGGAGGAACUGCUCUUGGAGACAGUAAAGAAAGACUGCCGAUCACAGAGACGAGCAUGGAUGUGACCAAAGCUGCUGCUGUGGCGUCCCAAAGAGCUGCCGUCAACAAGUUGGAUGGUGAAAGUUGCAGCAUGGCUGAAAUCUCCAGCCGUAAGGAAGGGAGGGUGCGCACUAUCACCACGGACAUGAUGACCUGGCUGUCGGAAAAUUUAAGCCGCACGGAAUGGAAGCCUCUUCUGAGGAAGAUGGGAUUGAGCGACAACGAGAUUGAUAAUGCGUCCGACGGCAGCAUGAGGAUAGUGGAGCAACGCUACCAAUGUUUCUUUCACUGGCGCCAGACGCGCGGCAACAAGGCCAGUGUUGACGCCCUGCUGGCUGCCAUCCACGCUAAAUCCCUCAAACAGCUGGCCUUUGAUUUCUGCGAGGAGUUUCCCGAGGAGACUUCGCCGGCCGAAGCCACUUGUCAGCCAGAGCCUUCAGCCCCCCGGAUUUUCUCCAGUCAGUUUGUGAGGUUCAUGUGGGAGUUUGUCGACAACGGGAACAGGCUUCUUCAAGACUUGCAUGGAUGCUCCAAAUUGUCCCCCGAGCAGUGUCAAAAGUUGGGCUACCACGCCAAAGAGGAAUAUGUGGAUAUUGUGUUGAAGCACUGGAGUUCCAAGUAUUACAGCCAGAAUAACUCGGACAAAAGUUUCGAUAAACGCAAAGAACUGUGGAAGGUCCUCCAGUGUUGUGGGAAGAAAGUGCGGGACGUCUUCAAGAAGCACGUCGAUCAAGGAGGAGUGAUUGGCCCUGCUAUGGAUUGGGACACAAAGAUUGAGAAUCUUUCUUACUCGACAACUCAAGUUAUUGAGGAGAAACUCAGCACUAAAGACGGCGUGAUGCACAACUGGAAGGACCUUGCCGAUUGGCUGAGAAAGCGCCACCAACACUCGUUUGAACCGGUCACCAACCACAAGAUCAAAAUGUGGGACCAGGACCUCGACCCCCAAAAGGGCGCCAGGAGCAUCCUGUCGAUAUGGGAGACGACCACCCAGGCCAAAGUGGGCGUCCUCUAUGAGUGGCUGGUGCAGAACGCGCGGCUGGACAUCGCCGUGAGCCUGGAGUAGUCUGGUACCAUCUCAAGGUGGGAACAUCGUGUUAGCCCGUGUUCAGAUGUUAAUGGCUUUGACUGGUUAUAACACAUGCCUCUGUGAAAGUUGUCGAGUAGCGGCUGCCAGCAACUUGUCAUGAUUGCAUCUGCCUCUCUUAGCCAAAGCCAGUUGAUUCAGACACCGCCUUGGAUGUAAUUGAAUUAUUAUUAUUAUUUUAACAUUUGCUCUCCUUCACUUAAGUUACAGUUGUUAGUAUGUAAUCGGAUGAGGUAAUUUGUUAAUAUAAAUUCAGAAAUGCUAAUCACUGCUACAUCAUUUGAACGAUUGACCAAUCACGUGAGAACUGUUUCUUUUUAAGAGGGCCAUUAUGAGAUGCUUUCCUCCGUGCCGUUUUCAGUAGCGUGCGAAUAUAGCCAUGGCUUUUUAAAGCUAUAGAAAAGU